UUGUGUGGUUUUCACAGUGCACUGCAGCUGACACUCUGACUUUAUGACCAUUCGAGGAUAAGGUGUGGACACAGACAUUAAGUUGACUCUGACCUUUUGCAUUUGAUCUAUACUAAUAACCAAGUUGAAGAAGGUAUAUCUGACUUUAUCAGAAAGAAGUACAUCUUACAACAAAGGUUGAAUCAUCCUAACAGAUAACUCAAAUAUCCUUAAAAAUAAGACAACAAUGGCGAAACUUUCAGUGAUGAUCUGGAAGGCGUUGCAGCAAUUAAAAGAUGACGAGUUCAAGAAAUUCAAGUGGUUCCUAAAGCAGGAGGACGUCUCAGAAGGCGACUCAGGCAUCUCAGUGGCUCAGCUGGAGAACGCGGACAGGCAAGACACAGUGGAUCUGAUGGCACAGAAAUAUGGUGACACUGGAGCUAUAAAGGAAACCAUGAAGGUCUUAGAGAAGAUCAGCAGGAAUGAUCUGGUUCCGAGUCUGCAAAACUCCUGUCUGGACCCAAAAGAUCUCAGGCUACAGGGGCAUGAUAGCAAGAAGGCUGAGCUGAAGAGCCUCCAGCAGUUUACAGUGGAGGUGACUCUGGAUCCUGAUGCAGCACAUCCCAAUCUCAUCCAGUCUUGUGAUGGGAAACAAGUUUGUGAUGUGAGGAAGAAACUGCUGGACAACCCUGAGAGAUUUUUCCGAUGUGUCUGCUGGAGUGAACAAAGACUUAAACAACAGAAAGGGACCGAUCACACAGAGUCUUGAGGAUGGCUACCUGACUUGAGGAACUUAAAUGAUCCUUGCCUUUCCAAAGUUGGGAGGAGAGUCUGGCCUCAUUUUAUGAUGCAGAUGCUGCAGAUCUUCUUUACUCCUUCACUGAGAAACUCUUCCCAUUUAUCGCUCGCUGCACGAAUGGUGGUAUAAAUCAAACUCCACUGAUUAUCUUUCCUGUCAAUCACACGGAUUAGAUUCAUAAUUUGUUCGCCCAGAAAAGUUCUAUGUCAUCUAUUUACUGAAGUAGUGAACAAUGUUUCCGUUUCAUAAGAACCUUAUGGGAUGGUAAUGAUUGUCAAACCCUCAGACGUUACCAGGGAGUCAUGGCUUGUGGAAAAACUUUCGCCUCUGAUUGUAUGAAAAUGAAAAUAUAAAUUAAUGGUCUCAUCUUUUUGAAUGACGAAUAAUGUUGUUUGACGUGUCCAUUAUCAGGAAUUAACAGACUCAACAUUGUCCUUUAAUUCCUAACAAUGUAUAUAUCCUGACAUUACAUAAAUGGUAAUGAACUGAAAUUCUGGUUACAUUCAAAUGUAAUGCAACCUUUAAACUUGCGUUCAAGCAUCCAAGCAGUAAAAACAUAUAUAUAAUUCCUUUUGUCAAGGAUGAGCACUGCAAAUAAAAAAACAAUGAUCAACUUUUACAAAACAACUUUUUAAUUUGUCACAUGACAA